AUCCAAAACAAACGCAACACAUGAGCAACGUACUUAACCAAAUUUAAGCCCAGGAAUUGUUAACCGUCUUAUCUUCUUUGUUGUCCUAUUGAAGAACCGAACCGCCGCACUCAGGGCUACGCACUCUACGAUCUAUUUCCGAUUUUUUUUUUUGCGUAGCUCGCCGCUCAGCCAUCCUUGGUGCAGUUUCCUUGGCUCAUCUCUAAUCGGGAUCGGACGCGAAUGUGAUAAUGACAAAAUUGGGUCAGAAGGUUAGGUUGGACUAGUGUUAUAAACGAACAGAAUGGCGUUACCUUCCGUUGGUAUUCAGGGCUGUUAUUUGGUGAGAAUCGUGUUCUGACUUGUCCCUCUAGGAGUUUCGAGAACGAAGGGAUGGAUGUUCAACUUAGUUAUCGGAGUUAUCUGAUCUUGGAUUAGGGGUGGAAUACAAGGAUCGAAGAGUCGAUCAGUUUAUUUACCAUGUCUAUGGGUUAUGCACUCUCUUAUAUCAUACUGGUACAUAAUAAGUGAACCAUGGAUUCUGGUAAACAAAUCAAAAGAAGAAAAAACCCAAAGGAGAAUGCUAAUAUACUGAGUCUGAUCACAUUCUUUUACAUAAAUAAAAUCCUGAGGAUUGGAGAAAAGAAGAAUAUAGAAGAAGACCAUCUAUUCUAUGUCUACAGAAAACUCAGGUCCAAACAACUGGGUGACAAGUUGGAAAAGAUAGCUGAACAAUUGCACAGUAAAGAAGGACGUUUGUCGACGUUGAAGCUUUUGAUUUACUUUUGUGCAAAGAAAUACAUCUACCUCAGUCUUAUGCAGUUGAUAGUAAUGGCUGUAUAUGUGGUGGUAAGUCCUCUAGUCCUCGGCAAGUUCGUCCUCUUCUUCUCCCCAAACCAAACAGAAGUCAACUGGAAUGGAGCUUGCUUCUUUGGCGUCUCCUACGUAGCCUUGUCCAUACUCCAUUCCAUCUACGAACAGAACUACGCCAUCAUUAAAGAAGAACUCAGGAUAGAAUUUCAGACAGCUCUGUGUUCCCUUGUUUACAGGAAAUCUCUGCGGCUAUCCCAGAAGGCCUUGUCCGACAUCACUAUCGGCAAGAUAGUGUCCUUGAUUUCCAAGGACAUCAAUGUCUUCGGCUAUAUCAUCGGUUUUGCCAGCGAUUGGUGUGUAGGAGUAGUACAGAUCAUGAUCAUCGUUUAUCUGUUUUAUGUGAGGACUGGAGCAGCCACCUUUGUCGGAUUUGCUAUGUUGUUUACAACUCUGCCGGUACAGGUGUACAUCGCUAGAGUUAUAAAAGUCAAACGUACCUACAGCAACAAAAAGUCAGAUGAACGCUUACAACUAACACAAGAGAUUUUAGCCUCUAUAAGAAUCAUCAAAAUGUACACUUGGGAGAAAUUUUUCUGCAAGAGGAUAACAGCUGCUAGAACAGAAGAAAUGAAGAAGCUACGCCAAGUCCUCAUCUUCAAAGACGUUUCCUUUCUCCUUGGUAAAUUCGUGACAGUACUCUCCUUCUACAUGCUCAUCUCCUCCUACGUCUGGAUGGGAAACACUCUUUCAGCAGAACUCGUCUUCUACCUUUACUCCUCCUACGACCAUCUCGAAGAAACCAUCAUUCGUGUGUUACCAGCCUCUAUCAGCCAAGUUGGCGAAACCAUAGCUUCUCUGGAACGCUACGAUGCCUUCUUCAACGCCCAAGAAACCACAGACUGGGAAACUACACCGAUUGUGAUGAAUCCCAAGACCCAGAGCCCGAAGAUAGUGUUUUACAACGUUGACUUGGAGAUGCAAGGCAAAUUGGUCUUGAACAAUGUUGAGCUAGAUAUGGAACCUGGAUUGAAUAUUGUGGUAGGUCAUGUGGGAAGUGGAAAGUCGAUACUGUUGAAGACCAUACUGAAGGAGUAUGAGGUGUCCAAUGGAUCUUUAUUUGUAGAGGGGAGAACAAGUUAUGCUUCACAAUUUCCCUGGCUCUUUCCUUCCACAAUCAAGCAGAAUAUUUUAUUCGGUGAAAAGUUUGAAGAGGACAAGUACAACACCAUAUUGGACAUUUGUGCUCUAGAUUUUGAUUUGAAACUGUUGGAACAUGGUGAUAGAACCAUAAUUGGUGACUGUGGGAUCAAUUUGAGCAAGGGACAACAAGCUAGGGUCAACUUAGCUAGGGCUUUGUACAAAGAAAGCGAUAUCUAUCUUCUAGACGACUGUCUGUCUUCCUUAGACCCGAAUGUUAGACGUCAUAUAUUUACUUCUUUAAAAUCCUACCUACAGGGAAAAAUUGGCGUUUUGGUAACACACCAUAAGAGGUUUAUAGAAGAAGCUGACAACGUUGUCGUUAUGAGUGCAGGUACCGUAACUUACAGUGGCAAUAUACGUUCAAUUCCAAAGGACGUCCUUAAGAUGAACAACAAGAGAUUAUCUAGCAACAGAAACUCAACGUACAGUGUUAUUUGCAACGGUUUCACCACUGAAAAAGAAGAUGAAGAAAGUGUACUUCUACCAGAAGAGGAGAGAAGGAUUAACAUCUAUCAUGAGAGUAAAAAUUCCGGAAAAGUACCUAUUGAUGUAUACAAGAAGUAUAUACUUUUCGGUGGAGGGUAUUUUUUCUAUGGUGUUAUAGUUGUGUUGUUGAUCUCUGGAGGAAGUUUGAUGACUUAUGGUAAAGAAGUGUUGAGUCAGUGGGUUGACAUGGACGAACAUUUGAACGCUCUUUCGAAGAAGAGCAACAGAAGCAGCGAAGAAUUAGAUAUCCUUACCAAAAAAAGAGCUCUGGCUUUCAAUGUAUACACAACCAUCACCAUAGUAGGAUCAGCAUUGUGGUUGAUGUCAUUGGUGAUACACUUCUAUUUUGCAAGCAAGAUUUCAAUGAGGUUACACAAGUCAAUGAUCCAGGGGGUCCUUGGUUCCACCAUGGAGUUCUUUGACUCAAAUCUGAUCGGAAACAUCCUGAACAGAUUCUCUAAGGAUGUUUACUACAUAGACGAGGAGUUGGUAUACUCUACUAACGACUUUAUAAUGAUCUUUGUUACAGUUGUUUCAACAGCGUUCUUGAUAUCAUCGAUAAGUGACGUCUUCCUUGUUUCGUCUAUAGUGUUCAUAUGCUUAUUCUUUCUGUUGGGACAUUUCUUGCUACCAAUUGGUAGGAAUUUGAGACGUUUGAACAGUUCUACAAGAAGCCCGAUGGUGGGUCAUUUGAAUGCAACCCUAGAAGGAAUAGCAACUGUUAGAGCUUGGGGGAACCAUCAGAUUCUGAAAGAUGAGUUCGAUCAACACCAGGACCUCUUCACCUCAGCUCACCAUACUAUGUAUAUUUUCACUAGAGGGUUUUCCUUGAUAUUGAAGAUGGUGUCUUCAGUUUUCAUGGCAAUCAUAGUGGGGAAUUUUCUAUUCUUGAAACCAGAUGCCGCCGGUAAGGUAGGACUCUCCCUCACACAAGUAUCAGUCCUAACCUACUGCCUGGAAUCCUGCUUGAACCUAUGGGUCCAACUUGAAAGCGAGAUGACUUGCUUUGAGCGUGCUCUAGAAUACACCGACAUAAAACAAGAGCCCAAACACGGCCAACUCAUAGAAAAAUGGCCGUCUACUCCCACCAUCGAAUUCAGACACGUCUUUCUGUCCUAUGCACAGAAAGGCAAGAAUGUACUUAAGGACGUCAAUUUCCUCAUCGAACGUAAGGAAAGAGCUGCCAUAGUGGGAAGAACAGGAGCUGGGAAGUCCUCAAUUAUCGUGGCGUUGUUCAGGAUGUAUCCGAUAGAGGGCAGCAUCCUCAUCGACUCUGUAGACACUAGAAGUCUUCAGCUGGAGAAGCUCAGAGAGAACUUAACGAUAAUCCCUCAGGAUCCUAUCCUUUUCACUGGGUCCAUGAGGUCCAAUUUGGACCCUUACGAGAGGUACACAGAUUCAGAGAUAUGGAAAGCUGUGAAGGAGGUCAACUUGGAUCAGCACGUGACUGAUCUAGAGUACGUUGUGAGGGAGUGCGGUGCCCAUCUGAGCAUAGGACAGAGGCAGUUGAUCUGCAUAGCUAGGGCGUUGCUGGACAAGCACAAGAUCAUCAUCCUGGACGAGGCCACGGCCAACAUGGAUGAGGAGAUGGAAGCUUUAAUACACAAUACGAUCGAGAAACAUUUUCGUGAGUGUACGGUGAUAUCGAUUUCUCACAGACUAAGGCACGUUUUGCACUAUGACAAGGUGUUAGUGAUGGAAGAGGGGGAAUUGGUGGAGUUUGGUAGUCCGAAAGAACUGCUCAAGAAUCAGAACGGUAUUUUUUACAGUAUGGCGCUGAAAGCUCAUCUUGUGUAAUCGUUAAGUUAGUUAGUGGUGAAUAAAUUAUUUUCUUUUA